AUGGAGACACUAGAGGAAGUUGAACUCUGCUUUCCACAUCUCCUCAACGCCUCAUGCAAGAAGCGCACACGUCCUCACUCUGAGGCAAUGCUCAUUUAUGUUCUAGUGUCCUGCAUCUCUCUGCUCACUGCGAGUCUCAACCUGCUGGUCAUCGUCUCCAUCUCCCACUUCAGGCAGCUCCACACUCCCACCAACCUCCUCCUCCUUUCUCUGGCUGUCUCUGAUUUCCUCGUUGGUCUCAUCGUCAUGCCGUUUCAGAUCAUCCUAAUAGAACCUUGUUGGUUCCUUGGUAACCUGCUGUGUGUUCUGUAUUACUUCUUACCCUUUAUCACGGUUUAUUCCUCAGUAACAAACAUGGUGCUGAUAUCAGUGGACCGUUAUGUGGCCAUCUGUGAUCCUCUGCGUUACUCCACCAUAAUGUCUCAAUUGAGAGUUAAACACUGCGUCCUGCUGAGUUGGGUUUAUUGUCUUUUUUACAGCUUCAUGCUUUUAUAUGACAACAUUAAGCAGCCAGGCAGGUUUAACUCCUGCUUUGGAGAAUGUGUGAUUAGCGUAAAUGGAGCUGUUGACCUCGUGUUAGGCUUCAUCAUCCCCAUCUCAGCCAUCAUCAUCCUGUAUGUGAGGGUGUUUGUGGUGGCUGUGUCUCAGGCUCGUUCCAUGCGCUCCCACGUUGCAGCUGUUAAACUGCAGCGUUCACUGACUGUGACUGUUCAGAGUUCAGAGCUGAAAGCAGCCAGGACUCUGGGUGUGGUUGUUGUUGUGUUUCUCAUGUGUUACUGUCCAUUUUAUUGUAUCUCACUCUCCGGCUAUAAUCUCAUGAUCGGGUCUUCAAGUAAUUCCAUAGCAUUUGUUUUAUAUUUUAACUCCUGUUUAAAUCCUGUCAUCUACGUCUUUUUUUAUCGCUGGUUUAGAAAAUCUAUUAAACUCAUUGUGACACUUCAAAUACUACAGCCAAACUCAUUCAACGCAAACAUACUGUAGAGAUCUCAGACAACACAGCUGAACUUU